GAAAGCAGAAUCUGCAAGGGAAGCGAAGGCUGUGAUGACCGGUACCAGCACCAUCAAGGAGGAGCCCCUGAAUCGGAUGAGUAGCGAGGGGCGGUACGCGGCAGGCGGCAGCGGCGGAGCUAGGCGCGGCGGCGGCGGCGGCGGCGGCCGCGGCGGCGCGCGGGCUCCGGCGGCGGACCGCGACGACCAGCGAGCGGUUUCCCGGUGCUCCGUAUGCGGCAUGAAGAGUCACGAGGGUGACAGGUGCCGUUACAAGACCUAUCGUUGCCAAAAGUGUGGAGUCGUAGGACACUUGAAGAAAGUGUGUAAAAAUGUGCGCCUCAAUAAUAUGGAGUGUGAUGAUAAUUCGGUCGAGCAAAACACUUGCGAGGAGUGCCAUAUGUAUAAUUUAAGGGUUCAAGACUAGUGUGGGAGGGAUGUUGUGUAUACAUGUACCUACAUCGUAUGUACCUAUCUAUAGCUAUAGAUGCAUAACCAACGCGCUCGCUGUGUGCCUUGUCAAACCACUCUUAUUUAGUAUUAAAUCAGCAACAGCCACA